CUCUCGUUCCCGGCGAGUCGAGCCGCUCAAAGGGGAAAAAACGGGCGUCGGAGGAAGAAAGGAAUGCGACGAGACUUUGCCGCGCUUCUCGAGUGAUUUUCGUGCGGGCCUGUGCGCGCUACAGUCGGAGAGAUCGGUUAGUCGUCGCAUACGUGCAAUAAUCACGUCGGCAGUGCGCGAGAUCGGUAAGGAGAUGUCCGAGGAGCUCGGGAGGACCAGCGAGGAAUCGGGCAAGAGCUCGGUGACGAUGUCGUCGAAAGUGUCGUUCAGCAUCGAGAGACUGCUCGCGGUGCCUUGCAGUAAGACAGCCGCUGCUGGAGAACUGAGCUGCAGCGGAGGAGGAAUCGAUAAGGAAGCCUUUUAUCGGACGGGCUGUCCGGUCGCGCGCGAUGCUUCCACUUGCUCGGACGCGGACGAGCGAGAAUCCAGCAGACUGAGCGUCCAUCCUGACUCAUCCAUGAUUAUUUCGGAAGAGAUGGAGUUUCAAGAUCCGGACAGAGUCCGCUCGACCGAGUUGCCGGAUCCGGAAAUUAAUUACGAAGCUUGCACAAGCAGUUACGGCGGCGCGAAUUCAACCACGUCUGUACUGGACGACGAGGACGACGAGAUCGACGAUGAAGACGAGGAGCGGCGCUCGUCGCUGACAUCGGCUCUGGAACGAAGCUCAAGCUCGACGAGUGACGACGAGCGGAAGAAAAGACCCCGGACUGCCUUCACCGCUGCUCAGAUCAAGUCGCUUGAGGCCGAGUUUGAACGCAACAAGUACCUCAGUGUCGCCAAAAGGCUACAGCUCAGCAAGGCGCUAAAACUCACGGAAACGCAGAUCAAAAUAUGGUUUCAAAAUCGACGUACGAAGUGGAAACGGAAAUACACAAAUGACGUAGAAUUGCUGGCGCAACAAUAUUAUUCGAGCCUAGGAAUUCAUGCACCAAGACCAAUAUUUGUAGGAGAUCGAUUAUGGUUUUUCAACUAUCCUGGACAUCCACAGCCAGCAGCUUCUCUCUUAUCGACGCAUUUCGCUCCAUUGCAAACAAUUUCACCAACUCUGCCGGUAAUUCAGCCUUUACCUAGCAAUCUAUCAAGUGGGCAGCAUACUGCUAUCUUUCAAAAUAACGCGCCUAGUCAGACAAAUUACAAUCUGUCUCCACAAUUAGAUUAUAGGCAUUCAAAUUCCUAGUUAAUAAGGUCAUGUUCUACUGUACAUGAGUUAAAAUUUAAGUUUAUUUGAUAUUAUCUAAAUCAAAAUCUGUCAAAAGAUGAAAAUAUUAAAUAUUUUUCCAAAAUUUGAUAAACAUUUUGUACUGUGAUAUUUUUUAAUGAAAAUUUAACUUCGAACUGACGUAUUUGUAACAAGAUAAAUGAUGAAUAUUAGCCUACGACAAUAAAUAAUAAAUAAUGUUAAGUAAGAGAUAAGACAA